AUGACGAUCACUACAGAUCAGGGUGCCCAGUUCGAAUCCAAAUUGUUUUCAGAAUUAUUAUCGAUCCUAGGAAUCAACAGGAUCAGAACCUCGUCGUAUCAUCCUGCUUCCAACGGCAUGGUGGAGCGUCUCCACCGAGACAUCAAGUCAGCUCUCAUGUGCCACGGAGACAACCAAAACUGGGUUCGUUUACUGCCCACAGUCAUGCUUGGACUACGCACGCGCAUCCGUUUAGACACCGAUGCUAGUCCAGCUGACUUAGUUUUCGGCAAGUCAAUGAGGAUUCCCAGUGAUUUCUCUCCCUUCACCAACGAAGAGCCGAACGUUCGUGUCUUCUACAACGAAUUUCGCGAUUACAUGAGACAACUGAGACCAGUUCCAGUUAAUCACAAGACAGCUACCAAGCCAUUCACACAUCAAGGUUUAGAUACCUGUACACACGUCUGGUUACAGGAAAAACCUAUUAAACCUGCAUUGACGCGGCCCUAUACUGGACCUCACAAAAUAAUUUCGCGCAAUCUAGCGAACCACACCUUUAACAUAGAUAAGGAUGGCACUGUCAAAACAGUCAACAUUGAACGGGUGAAGCCCGCGUUCAUCCUGCAAGAUGAUCCCGACGGCACUAAGGAAAAUACCACUCCUGAACCGAUCAGGAUUCCUUCACCGACGGAUAUUAACUGCGUUCAACCAGCAGAUGACACACGUCCAGCACCCCUCACCACUGAUCCGGUGGAUCACCCUAUUCCUUCCCCACAACCUCAUACACCCAAACGUACGAAGUUCGAACAUUUUAAAAUGGAAUAG